ACACUAUUGAAAUCACUAGUUGUCGUUGCGAGAAUCGUUGCGAAGCGUUUGCUGCGACUGCGUCUAAGUUUGAUUGCGAAUUUCCUGUAUUUCUCGCAGCCAUACGCGAAAUAUUAAAGUUAAAAAUAAUAAUUAUAUAGUUAUUAUAUAAAUGGCAGACAAAAAAGUUACACCGCCGCUGGGCGCUUACCCCCAGCCCCAGCCGCCGCAGGGCCCGUUCCUGCCGGCGCCGCCUCAUCAGGCUGCGCCCCAAUAUGGAGAUCAUUAUCAUAUGACCCCUCAAUAUGUAACUCGUGACGUCACAGUGGCCGGUGGCUCCCCCUACGGCGUCACGUUCGGGGGCGCCGGCGCGGGCGCGGGCGGUGUGUACGCUCCGCCGCCGUAUGAACAGCUGCAACACCACCAGGCCAUCCCGGCCUUGAGCCAGCAGUUACCGAUGUACAGCCCAGCAGCGGCCAUGUACGCGGCCGCGGCCGGCUACCCGGGAUACAUCGGCUACCCAGUGCAGUACUACCCGUACUAUCCGACAGCCGUGCAGCCCUCCAUCCAGCCCCUGCGGCCUACUAUCAUGCUACCCAACGGUUUCGAGGCGGGCGGUCGUUUCGAGGGCCUGGCGCAGACGCUGCUGCCGCCCGCGCCGCCCGGCGUGCCGCCCUCGCCCGCGCACCUCGCCGCCAUACAGCCGCACCAAGUGCUGUGGCGUUAAAUAAAUCAUCGCUCCCAAAUCCGACGUUGGACAUCGCACGCCAGCAGUACGUUUGAUGCCUUACACCUUAGAGUAUGAAUAUGUAUUCAUUCUCGAAUGAAUAUUCAUGAAUACACUAUUCAGUCUGUAAAGAAUAUUCAAGCUGACACCUUUUCUAGAAUGAAUAUUCAUUCUAUAAUGUAUAUUCGUUCAUGAAUUACCUAUGUAUUCAUUCUGUUAGGAGUAUUCUUGAAUAUUAUUCAUUCUGGAUGAAAUUAUUCGUACUCUAAGCUUCGUCAUAGCGACUAAUUAAUUGGUAGGCGACCGAUAGUCAUUUAGUUGACUUCAAUAUUUAUAUAUAAGUUAUUUUAAGCAAAUAUUAUAAACUCAAAAGUAUUACUUAAGUUUUGUUGAAAAAUUCUCCUUUUUUACGCUUGCAACUAAAAUAUAAGUAGUAUAUAUUUAAUUGUGAUAGAAAUUUAAACUGUUGAAUCUCAUUUUCGUAUACAUAGCCAUGUUAAUUAGACUUAGUAUCAAGCAAGCAAUGUAUAUCAUAUAUAUCCGGUUUUAAUCGGUCGUCUAGCCCAAUAUCCGCUGUGAUUAAAACACCGUGUUACGCGGUAGACCUCUCUGUACGAUCCGUACAUUAUUUUUCCAAUAAAAAAAGUAUUUUAACUAAUAUUUAUUCGUAAACACUUAAUAUAUGAAUCUUUAUACAAGUGCAUGUAUGUAUGUAUUUGUUUUUAUAUAUAUUUUUGUUGCUAGGAUACAAAUAUAACAUAAAUAUAAUUAAAAAUUUCUAAAAUCGGGCGGUAUUAUCUAACAAACGCGACGGGACAGCGAAAUUAAAGCUAAAACGCUGUCAAAAUAUAAUCUAAAAUUGCGAAGUCGUUGCUUUUGCUAUUUACAUAAUACCACUACGACUUUAAAAGCCAAAAGUUAAUUUAUCAACAAUAUUUUGACAAACUACGUAAAUUACAGCCGCGUCUUAGUAAUAUGAUAGUUUAGUGUCGAAGCGAGACACAUGAUCUACAUCUCUCUUUCACACCUGUAAUAUUAUAUUUCAAUAUCUUAACAACAAAAAUAAUAUAAAUCUACAAAAUUAUUUAAAUUGAACAUUGUCUGAAUAUAUUUCUCAACAUUUCUUUCAUAUUGCAAGAAAGUGAUAACAAUAACUUCAGGCAUUGUUUGUUUGAACUUUUUGUAGCAAAAGUGAUCUAAAGAUGCUUAAAGAUGCUUGUAUCUAAAGAUUAUAAGGCUCUUUGUACAUGUGGCAAUGCUAGUAUCCGUUUCACGUCGACUUUAUUGUCCGCUGCGUGUAAUGCGAGCUUUAAUGAGUGUGUAUUGCUAUAGUUGUGACACUUAAGCUGGGAGUAGUAAGUCUUGCGUUGGUACGUGUAUAAAUAACUUUAUUUCCUUACAAACAUCUUUCAAAUUAACAUGGAUGACUUUUUAACGUACUGUGAUUUAUAUAGUGGGUUUUCUCAGUUGAUAUUAAUUGUCCUGCUGGUGUUAUGUGUAUUACUUGCCUUAAAUGUCCCACUGCUGGGCAAAGGCUUCGACUUGUUUCUUAAUAAUGAGUUGUCAGUUCUAAUGGACGAAUUUAGGUUUAUUACGUCAUCUCUGCCUCACAUCUAGUCUUGUAUAGAGAACCAAAUAUGAUAAACAUUACAUUUGCAAAAAAUAUUCAGGCUAGGGAUAUCAUUCUAGCCCUCACCCAACUAUGUUGGGGUCGGCUUCCAGUCUAACCUAAGUACCAGUAAGUUAGCUAAGUACCAGUGCUUUACUUGGUCAACACGAUACCCCUUAGUAAGACUGGUUGUCAGACUUUCUACAUUCGAAAUACAACAAACAAUUGUCCUUGUAUCCUUCAAUUAAUAUAUAAGUUUUAUGUUAUAAUACCAGCUCCGAAAAGUCCCUCUCCAAUAACAUAAAUCUUUUCCCCUUACAGAGUUUAUCACUAUAUAUUUUACUCGCGUGAGAAAGUCUCCCAAACAUAUAAUAUAUCUAAUAUAUAUGUCAGUGCAUGUCACUUCGUCGGUGUAUUAGCCCGUUAUAUCACUGUGAUGUACGCGCGUUCGUUUUGCUCGCCGCUUUAGGGAAAACGCCUUUAUUGAGCAUGCAAUAAGGUCUAAAAUCACUUAUGAUAAGGAGAUUGCCUUUCCAUCAACAUAGAAUACGAAAGAGGAUUGAAAUUUCAAAUGUUUGUGUCUAAAAGGUCCUAAACCCGUUGUUGAGUUAUAAACAACACUGGAUUAACUAUGUAAGGUUUAAAAUCCUUUGUGAAUUGACGAAAUUGAAAGAACAAUCAAUGUUAUUGUGACGGAAUUUUACGUUAAUAUCGAUUGGAACUGUUUAGGUGGUUUUUUUUUAGGAAGUUGUGGUGACGAUUAAGUAUUAACAUGCUCUCUAAUUUUAUCAAGUUUUGAAAUUCUAGAUUUUUUUUUGACCGAUAUAUCUAAAAAUUUAUUUAAAAUUACAUCAACUGUAACCAAAGAUUUUCUACUUCAGAUUGAAUUUGAACUAAUAAGCAAGGAAAUAUGUGCUCUUUAACAUAAAAGUAUCGAAUUUAGUCGUCUAUGAAAUGUUUCCCAGUAAGUAAGUACCAGUAAACAAAUAAAAACACAUUUUCAUAGAAAAAUCUUCCUUUAAUAUCAAAAAAGUUAAAGAAAAGUGUGUUUUUCCUUGACAGCGGUGAACAAUACAAUCGCAUGUUAUACAGCUACCGGCUGUAACAAUAUAGUAUUAAUGCCGGUCCUCGCCGGACAACAUAAGUAAGACUUAGAGUAGACGCGUCGGCGGCCAUCUUGAAAAGAAGGACUGUGACGUCAUUAGCCAGUAAACAUGGCACGUGGCCUAUGAAAUGUAUUGACUUCGAACAUCUUUUGAUAGUCAAAUGUAUCUUAAAUAUCGGAAUUUAAUGUAAAAGUUUUAAAUAAAUCAAAUGUUUGAAAUAUAUCAAAAAACUUUGGCCAAGAAAUUCCUCAAAACGUAGGAAAAUCGCACAAAAUUACCAAAAAAAAAUCGUAAAACAGCCGUCGACGCAGUUAGUUAUAAAAAUAAAUAAAAAAAUAUAAAGUGGUUGUGCGUGACGCGAGUGAGAGGCGAGUGUGUGAGCGAGACAGAUAUACUUCUGUUGGUCUGUUUUGGGCGUGAAGGGUACGUAUGAAAAUAUCAAAGAGUGUGUUUGACAUUGCCUAGUAGGACUGAUGGCGUAAGAUAUAAUGGUAAGGGAAAUUAGACCUUAAAGUCAUCACUUAAGAGCCAUUAUAGAAAGUGAUACUCCUUAUUGAAAUUCACGUAAAUCGAAAUAUUACGUCUUAUAUUAUAGUAUUGUUAUGUAAGGUCCCUACUCACGCCCGUACGUGCAGCGCAAUGAUUUAUUUAGGAUGGCAAUGCCGGUAACUAUAUGCCCGUCUAUGAUGGCAACACUUGAUAAAAAUAUAUUUGUAAUGUAAUGGCAACACUUAAAACAAUGACUUGAUAAAUGCCAUAAAAAUCUCGUAAACUGACAAAAAAAGUGCUGCCAUACCAAACAAAAAGGUUGUAUUUCAUUUAGACGUAUGCGUUUAAAAGACGGGCAAUUUAAAAAUGAAUCUCAUAGACAAGCCUUGAAUGGCAAUAACUCGAAUUAAUUCUAUAUUAAAAACUAAAAGUCUAAUAAUUAUAUUAAUAGCUAAAGAUACAAAAAAUCUCAUCAUAUCGUGUUUCUAAGUACUUUUUUACACAAGGCAACAUAAGCCCGAAACCUCUAAGAUGUGUUAUAUUCGUACGGAGACCAAAAUACUUACCUAUAGUCGUCUACAAUAACCUUGUGUACAAAAGUCCUUAAAUAAAAAACUAAAAAUAGAAAAUACAGAAUUCAGUGAUUAUUUUCUAGAAAAUAAUACAUUGAACUUCGUCCUCGUAUUCUCUAAUGCUAUUUUAUAUGAUAAUACUCUUAAAAUAAACAACCGUCUAUAAAAUAUAUUGACAGUGCACUCGCGAUACGUCUACAACUUUAAACAACGUAUUUUGAUACUUAUUGAUAUGAAAUAAAGCUUAUAUUGCUCUAAAAAGCAUUUAAAUUUGACUGAUUAUGGAUAAAAAUCCAUUCGAUUAUAAAAAGCAAAGGAAUAUAGGCUCUGUUUCAUCUAAAUAAGUCUUAAUUUACAUCGCAUUAACCUUCAGAUAAUUAUUUUCGGGAUUAUAUCCCUGUAACUUGAAAAGAUUAAAGAAAGUAAAUUAGGCGGCUUUAAGAAGUUCAAUUUUAUUGCGCAAUUAUUGUGCAACAAAAAAAUAAGAGAAAAACGACUUCAGUAUUAACUCCAUAAGGUCCAUAAUUGCACAAUAUUAAUUGUGCAAUAAAAUUGAAUGACAAAGGUCCGCCUCACUGACUGUACAGUCAAAAACUAAAUAACUUCAAGUAUAAUAAGUUUUUAAUUCAUAGGCAACUAUGGUUUUAUUAAUUGUUUUGGGUGAUACCGACCACAAGAACUUACAUUCUUGCCAGAUUGUUUGUCUGUUUUGUUAGCAUACUUACGCAUAGACCAAGUGCAAUUAACCAUUGGUACAUUUGUAAAGCCGUUAAAAAGAAAAACAGCAAUAAAAUUUGAAAUUUCGACACAAGGUCCUCCUCCUAUGCAAAAGCAACGCACAGCAAAGCAUCCUUACUUAUCUAAGGUAACUUUGCUAAGUCUUAUAUUCUAACAGCAGUCAUUUUUAAACGCCACUUGUCGUUGUAACCGUUCUUGAAUACGCCUACUCAAAAUACGUACGAAACAUCACAAUUAUCGAAUAGAA